ACAGUCGCUUUGUUAAACUGGACAGAGUAAGACCGCUUUAACACAUUGCUGACCUUCUUUACUGACCAUGACAAAGAGCGCGUCAUAAUAAACUUACAUUUAAACAAUAAUCACAGUAAACAGAUAUUCUAUAGUUCGCGAGAAGCGCAAGAUAGCUCGUGGUUCUGUCGGCUACCGGGUACCGAAAAUCAGUUUUGCAUUCGAUUUAUUGCCGCUGAUUUAUCUCUUCUACCACUCGAGACUGGCCCCAACAACAUGUGCAAUUAUUAUAUUUUGUUUUUAUUUGCCGCGGUUAUUUAUCGAGUAAAUGGUCAAGUGGAAGAUGGGACCUCUUGCACUACACCAACUAACCAAAAUGGACAGUGCAUCAACAUUCUUAAUUGCAAAGUGGUGACUAACUUACUACGCACUGAGGCAAACAAUGUGGAAGUGAGAUCAUAUGUAAGGAGCCUCUAUUGUGGAUCUAAGUACAACACUCCAUACGUAUGCUGUCCAGCAGAUAACACCCGGAACAUACUGAUUAAACCCGAUGAAACAUCAUUUGGAGAAAGUGAUAAAUUCCUUUCACCCCCAGCCUGUGGGUUAAGCAAUGCUACUCUUCCGAAAGUCGUUGGAGGUAUUCCAGCAAAACUAGGUGAAUUCCCUUGGAUGGUAUCCUUGGGGUAUCGAAAUUUGAAGAAUCCUUCACAAACACGCUGGUUAUGCGGCGGUACCUUAAUUUCCCAUCGACACGUGCUAACCGCUGCACAUUGUGUUGUGACCGACUUAUAUCUGGCGAGAGUUGGAGAAUUGGAUUUAUAUGACGACAACGAUGGCGCCAAUCCAACGGAUAUCGAGAUCGAGAAAACGAAAGUUCAUGAAAACUACGAUGCAACAAAGCAUAUUAACGAUAUUGCCGUAUUGGCUCUUAGUAGAAGUACUGAAGGACUCGUGGGAGUUUGGCCGAUUUGCCUUCCAUGGGAAGCUGAUAAAAAGAAUCGAUCGUUCUUGGGUAACCAACCUUUUGUGGCCGGUUGGGGAAAUUUGCAAUUCAACGGUCCUUCAAGCACGAACUUACAGCUUGCUACCAUUCCUGUCGUGGAAAACAGCAAGUGUAAAAAGGCUUAUGAGUCAGCAGCAAUAAUAGAUGAAAGCAUUCUUUGUGCAGGAUGGGAUAAUGGGAAUAAAGAUGCUUGCAAAGGAGACUCCGGAGGACCCCUUAUGUAUGGAACGGUUCAGCGAGAUACUAAAGGAAUUCGAUUCUUUCAAAUUGGAGUGGUUUCGUAUGGUUUCCAGUGUGCUGUAGCGGGUUAUCCUGGAGUAUAUACCAGAGUAACAUAUUUUCUGAACUGGAUCGGCAACAAUCUAAACUAACCAUCUUCAUGCUGGAAUGUUUAGGUCGUGGUUGUGCCAAGGAUUCCUCAGCAUGCGGAAGUUGGAAUAUAUUUAUGUGGCUUAA